UUAUCGACUAACAUGAAACUUCCGGUGAGCUGUCAAACUAAAUAAAAAGACAUGGAAAAUACUUUCUUUUAAUUAAUUCGUUACCAACUGGCUCAGCAUGGGCCUGUGUAAGUGUCCAAAGAAGAAAGUGACAAACUUGUUCUGUUUUGAGCAUAGAGUCAAUGUGUGUGAGCACUGCUUAGUAGCCAAUCACGACAAGUGUAUAGUGCAGUCAUAUCUUCAAUGGCUACAGGACAGUGACUAUAGUCCACACUGCGCUCUAUGUAACAAAAGUCUCUCUGAUGACACCUGUGGCCAGUGCGUCCGUCUUACCUGCUACGAUGUGUUCCAUUUCUCUUGCUUGCACCUGUACGCUCAGGCAUUGCCUGGAAACACUGCCCCCGCCGGGUACAUGUGUCCCACUUGCCAUGCAGGCAUAUUUCCCCCCGGCAACAUGGCUUCCCCGGUGGCCGACAUGCUCAGACAGGCUCUCUCCACUGUGAACUGGGCCCGCGCUGGACUAGGUCUGCCUCUUAUUGAGGAGACAGAGACAGUGAAGCAGGCAGCCUCCAGUCCUCAGACCACGGCCCCUACACAAGCCCCUCAGUCUGCCUCUUUGACCCCUAACGGGGGCCUGGCUGCCCCGCCCCCCACUGCACACCAGCAGAGCGACCAUGUGACCCUUCCCUCUGCAGAGCUGACCAACCUGUCUACACUGGGGAUGUCCCCUGCACCCAGUACAACCAAACCUAGUGCUCAGGUGGCACCGCUAUCCACGUCCACCCCAGCCAGGCCAGGACUGUCCUCUCACAGUGUGAUAAGUGUGGAUGGGGGUACCAAUGUUAGGAACACAGACAAACAGAACAUGACAGAAGCGCGGAAGCUGUUUGACUCUACCAAGGAGGACCUGUUAAACCUGUCACAUGACCAUGAUGAUGACAAGUACAAACGCCGGCCUGCCAUGGACUGGCUCAACAAAUGGCUGAGAGCUCGAAAGCCUGUUGCUCAGUCACCCAAUGUGGAUGUAGAGGACAGAUCCCGGGACACAGGUCCAAAAUACGGCAUGAAGAAAAAGACUCCAACAAGCGUUCGUAAGAAGUUCCUGGUAGUGUUACUAAUAGGCAUCAUUGGCUUCCUCACUUUGAUAGUGAUAUUUUCAAGACUGAGCAGAAAUGCCACGGAUGAUGAUCCGUUUUUGGAUCCCAUGGCCAAUCCGAUGAUCCGUGUGCACGCCAACUAAGGGAAGCAACUUUUGUAACAGGAUCUUUAUUUCCAUUCGUUCAUACUCUAACUUGCACAUACAGUAUGGCCACAUGCAAUAUUUGAUUCACAUGUUAUAUAAUGAAAUAUGCUGGCUGUUGGCUGUUUUGGACAAUUGACCAUUAUUCUUUAGUGUUAUACAAAGUGUUUUCGUUGGGGGGAAUCAAAACAGACUGUUGUCUACAGUUGACUGUUAUUUUCAGUUGGCCAUUAUUUUCAGUUGUCUGUUAUUUUCAGUUAACCGUUAUUUUCAGUUGACUGUAUUUCGAUAUUUAACUUUAAACCCAUUACACUCUGUUAAUUCUUAUAUUCAGAUAUGGUUAUGAAUCAGUUUAAAUCAUUUUAAAUGGAGUGCAUGUCUGGUAGAUUCCUCUUACAUAGACAUUGCUAACUUAUGUUUUAAAAGUUAAAAUUUAAUUGCAGAAAUCUGAAUACUACAACAUUACAUGUGUGUUGAUGUGAGAUGCAAACUAUUAUUGGUUCAGGGCUUUUUUUCCAUCUGUAUCAAGGACCUUGUAUAGGCCCCAAGAGAAAGGCCCCUUCCCCAAAGAGAAUUUUCUUUAACGUUAUAUGCAAAAUUUCUCCGAAUUUCAAGCUUACUUUGGAAAAUUUCUUCCCCUUUUCAGUUUUGUUGACAAUGUUUUCCCCAAAAUUAAAUGCCAGGUCCUUAACCCAAAUCAAGAAAAAAAGCCCUGAUUGAUUACACCAAUAUUAGAACGUUUUGAAUCUUAAUCGUUGAGUUCACCACGUGUAUAUAUAGAUGCUAUAUACAGCUUAAGAUGUAAUGCCAUAUAUCUUAUACAGUUACAUACUGUACAAUAAGUAUUAUUCUUUGAACAUAAUUUAUUUUUGUUGAUUUCGUGUGUUUACCUCUCCACAAAUUUAACACAUUGGAAAAUGACCGACGUAAAUUCCUCUUUUCAUUAUUCCGAAAUCCAGGGAUUUAAAAAAAAACUCUCUCCGGUCGAUGAAUAUAAAUGACUUUACAAUAGUUAUUGAAAUAAAAAGAUAAGUGACCCUUUAUUUUUUCCAACUGUGUUUUGUAAAUAUUUAACAAAAGUUAUUUGAUUGGAGGUGUUUUUCGGAAUAUUUUAAAUUCGUUUCCACGUAUUUUGAAAUCAAUGUAAAUCUAUCAUACUUUUAUAAGUAAAUCAUAGGAAUAUACAUAUAUUACAUAUAUGUAUUUAAGUAAAUAAUUAUUUAUAUUUAUAUAUAGUUUAGUAUCUUUCUGUAUACUUGUUGUUAUGCAGCUCUUUAUUUGGGUUCUGUGACUUUUGACAUUUACUUUGUCUGAUAAUUUCCUGUGAUUUCAAGCCAUACGCACAUGCUACAGUUAUAAAAUCACAAUAUAAUUCUUGUUAUUUAAUCCGGCGUUCACAUAUAUAGGAAAUCCGUGGAAUGAAACGUGACACUUCAAAAGUCUCAGAUAAAUUAUGAUUGUUUACGAGCACAAAAGGACAUAUAUGACUUGUGUUUUAAGCACCAGGAGGCAAAUUUGACCUUUUUUGGGCAUUAAAUAUUGAUGCUUUCUAUGACAUAAAGUUGGGGAACAUGUUUGCAACUCUAUAUGUAGUAUGAGAUGGUAUGCAGACAGUGUUUAGUUUCUCGCUAAAGCGGGGGUUCUAUUACUUUUUAACGUCACUUCAAAUGUAGGCUGCGCUUUUGUAGUGUUGCAAUUAAAGUGUAUUGUCGUCGGGCCUUUUGAUCGUUCUCAUUUACACUGCAUUACUGCUUGUACUGUGUUAUUGAUUUUGUUAAUGUUUAUAAUCAGGAACAUUUAAAACUGUGAAUGAUAAUAAAUUAUGUACAAAUUUG